AUGGAAAAAGAUUCCAACAGUUCAUCUACCAACGGUAAGUCGGCUAAAGAGAGCACCGAAACGAAAAAAUCCCCAGGAAAAGGCUGCCCCGAAAUGGAAACCAACAAAGAUAUGAACACAUUCAUCACUCUCGACAGCGGCUUCAAAAUCCCCACCAUUGGCUUGGGAACGGUAUUCACCGCCGACGAAGACGCCGAAGCCGCUGUGGAAGCCGCCCUAACCAUCGGCUACCGCCACAUCGACACGGCUUUCAUGUACCAAUCCGAAAAAGCCAUCGGCAAAGUGCUGAAGAGAUGGCUGGACGCCGGCAAGAUCACCCGCGACGAGAUUUUCGUCACCUCCAAACUCCCUUUCCACGGUGGCCAGCCCGAAGCCGUCGAGCCGUUUUUGAAGAGAUCCUUGGAAAAUCUGCAGCUGGAUUACUUGGAUUUGUAUCUGAUACAUUUCCCAGUAUCGUUUCGCUACCAGGACGUCGACUCCUUCUGCACUGACACCGUUCCUACCGAUCACAUCGCCUUAUGGAAAGCAAUGGAGGAGCAAGUUAAGGCCGGCAGGACGAAGAACAUCGGUUUGUCCAAUUUCAACACCCGCCAAUUGGACAACGUUAUGGCAGUAGCGGUCAUCAAACCAGUAGUUUUGCAGGUGGAAAUGCACGUUAAUUUCCAACAGCGCACGUUACACGAGUAUUGCAAGAACAACAACAUUGUUCUCGUCGCCUACGCGCCCCUUGGUUCGCCAGGUUUGUUGAAAAUUCAAAGUGAAGCCACUGGCACGCCAGCACCGGAUUCUUCUGGCGAGGACUCGUCGAGCGGAGACUCGCCAGUUCCGCCUGAAGAUCCAAAUGCGGUGAAAUUGCCGGCCCUGAUGAAGGACGGUAUAGUGUUGAAAGUGGCACAGAAGCACAAGAAGACCCCUGCCCAGAUUCUGCUGAGAUAUUUGAUCGAGAAGCAUGUGUGCGUCAUACCGAAGAGUUCCAAUCCGGAGAGAUUAAAGGAGAAUUUCCUGGCACUUACUUUUAAUUUGGAUAUUAAUGACAUGGCUGCUUUAUCCUUGCUGGAUGAUGGAACGAAUCCCAGGAUUUUAAAUUUGCUGAACUUCUUCCCUCAGUUUGAAGAGCAUCCGGAAUAUCCGUUUUAA